AUGAUUCCACAUCUCCGUGUAUUUCUAGAAUUUUAUAAAUAUCGAACUCUUCAUGCAAACUUUUUUCUUCUAGUAAACCUUCACUCGAACUACUUUCUUCUUGUAAACCUUCACUCUGACUACUUUCUUCUUGUAAACCUUCACUCGAACUACUUUCUCCUUGUAAACCUUCACUCUGACUACUUUCUUCUUGUAAACCUUCACUCGAACUACUUUCUUCUAGUAAACCUUCACUCAAACUACUUUCUUCUUGUAAACCUUCACUCAAACUACUUUCUCCUUGUAAACCUUCACUCUGACUACUUUCUUCUAGUAAACCUUCACUCGAACUACUUUCUUCUUGUAAACCUUCACUCGAACUACUUUCUUCUUGUAAACCUUCACUCAAACUACUUUCUCCUUGUAAACCAUCACUCGAAC